AACUAUCGGCAGAAUACAAAGCACUCGGUAGCAUUGCGCAUGCGUGGUUUGACAGCGCAAUUCGCGGCGGGAAACACGAAAAAAUAUUUCGUUACGAUAUUUUUUUAAUUUUUACAGAGGAUCAUUUUAAGGAUCUUCGGAACAUUUAAAAAUGAAAGCAGCAGUGAUGAUCCUUUUAGCAAGCUCCUUUCAGCUAUCCUUAGUGACUGCAAGGGCGCAGUUUGUGUCCCAUGUGCACGUGGCAACACCAGCACACAGCUACUCCCAUGGAGUUGGGGAUCUUGUGGAUGUUCCAGAACGACCGACCCGCGGCCAUUCACCGCUUACCAGGGACUUUCAAAAGGCUCAACUAACACAUUCACGAUCCAAUGGCUAUCCUCGAUAUCGUCCCUCGGUACCUUUCCCAGCAGAGGACAUCCCUUCGAUGCAGUUGUUACCAUGGAAACAAAGCAACCAUAUUACAGAAACAAUAACUCUACUUCCGCCAUCACCCUACAAAGUUGACUCUCCCGACCCAGAAUCUCUGUGGCCGUCUGGAUUAUUUUUUCCGCCAUUAAAACCACCGCGAUUUGAUACACAACAAUCGAAAACUAGGUUUUACGGAACGGGCAAGAAUGAUCCAUAUUUACUGGAAGGCGCUAACGCAAUUGCUGCAGUCGAAAAAGCAAGGCGACAUGGUCUGCUAUACUUCCACGAUAUCCCACAUUUAGAGUCCCUAUUAGCAAACCAGGAACACCGGAUUCAGAACAGCCUCCCUCCAAAUCGCAUAGGUUCCAUACGACAUAGCUGGCCUUUUAAUCGUCCAUAACUAAAUAUGUGAAAAAUUCAAAUAAAAACAAUUUUACACCUUCA